AUGGGCCUCAUCUCCUCCCCCUUACCCGCCUACACGGGCGCUUACCACGUCGGCACGCUCGACGUCGAAGUCCCUGUCCCCGAACCUCGCUCCUUCGGCACCGCCUUGCUCAGAACCACGAACGAACCGGCCUUGCAACUCGACACCAUCCUCUGCACCUUGUUCUACCCGGUUGACCCUCAAAAUUCUGAAGGCAAAGGAAGGAUGCCGUGGGUGCAGCGACCUAUUUUCACCACCGCACAAGGUCAGUUCGGUCCCGAAGUGGCUGUUUCACACUACCAGGGGUUCGCUCGGUCUUGAAUCGGAGUCAAGCUCCGAUCAUAUGAUUGGGACGAGCUCGAGAACCUCCAGCCUCGGCCGAGGUGCAACAUCACUGACAUCUUAUCCAAUAUACGACAGGCUACGCUCAUUCCUUGCAGCAGAAAACUUGGCUGCUCCGCCUUGCCAUGGUCGUCUUCGCGCGUAAUAAGUACUUGCCCGCCGAGAUCGACGCGCCCCUCUUACCCGGCACGCCAUCGGCCGCGGGUGCCCAGCACUCGACUCCCGAGCGUUCUUCCUCGUCCACCUCCCCGAAGACGGCCAACCCGAACUCCUCAUCAUCGUCCGCAUUCCCCCUGUUGAUCUUUUCCCACGGUCUGUCGGGCACACGGACGACGUACUCGCAGUAUUGUGGCGAGUUGGCCUCGAGGGGUUACGUCGUUGCCGCGAUCGAACAUCGCGAUGGCAGUGGGCCGAGCUCGAUCAUCAAUCUCGAAGAAGGAAAACAAAAAGUGGUAGGGUACUACCAAACUGAUGAUUUGAUGUGAGUCCUGCCCACGGCGUGUGGGAUCUAAUCGAAUUGGAAGCCUGAACUGACGAGAACAUUCGUCUCGGAUCCGUCGCUAGUUUCCCACCGCCGAACCCAACCUUGUCUCAACUCGCUUACCGCAGAGAGCAACUCGUCAUGCGACUCAGCGAGAUUGAAGAACUCAUCAAAAUCCUGUCUCGGCUCAACGAUGGUGAAGGCGCCUCGCUGGCCCAGCAGAAUCGUCGAGCGCCGUCGACUGACCCCUCUUACGGGAAGCAAUUGAGCGAAUGGAAGGGCCGUCUCGACUUUGGCAAGAUGAGCAUGGUCGGUCACUCGUUUGGUGCAACGACGACGUUGGAGGUAUUGUGGGCGGGAAGGAAACGAUUCGACUUCGCCCGAGGUGCCCCGUUGGACCCGUGGCUCGUCCCCAUCGAGGCCGCGGAAACCCUGUCGAGGACCGGCCAGGCCAAAGCCAUGACGACGACCGACUCCACCUCGAAGGGUUUGUUCGAGGAAGAGCAACUCAAACUUUCGGCCAACGAGAUUGACGUCCCUCUUCUCAACAUCAGCUCGGAGGCGUUCACGAUGUGGCAAGACCAAUACGAGCUCGUACGCGCCAUCGUCGAAAAUGUUCAAGCACCUAGUUGGCUCAUGACCCUCGUAGGCACUAUCCAUCCCAGCCUCUCCGACUUCCCUUUGCUCUUCCCCCGGGUCGCGAAAUUCAUAGGGGCUAGGAUCGAUGCGAAAGAAGGGAUGUCCAAGUUCGUCGAGGUCUCAGAGGAGUUCUUCAGUGGGUUGGGCAAGUCGGGAAAAUGGUUGGGGAGGGAGGUCAUUCCCGGUGACGAAGCGGGGUUGAGAGAAGGGGAGGGGUACUUCCAGAACGGCGGUAAGCCCAUGGAACCGGUAGGGGAUUUGAGAAUGCAUGUCGUGCCUAGGGAUGAUGAGCACAACAAGAAGAGGAACAACCCGGAAUUGUGA